AUGGAGAAGAUCUGGCAUCACCCUUUUUAUAAUGAACUUCGUGUGGCCCCGGAGGAGCACCCAGUUCUACUCACUGAAGCCCCUCUAAACCCAAAGGCUAACCGUGAGAAAAUGACCCAAAUUAUGUUUGAGACCUUUAAUACUCCUGCCAUGUAUGUUGCCAUCCAGGCUGUUUUGUCCCUUUAUGCCAGCGGUCGUACAACUGGCAUUGUUUUGGACUCUGGAGAUGGUGUCAGCCAUACUGUUCCCAUAUAUGAGGGGUAUGCUCUCCCACACGCCAUUCUACGACUUGACUUAGCUGGUCGUGAUCUCACUGACGCCCUCAUGAAAAUAUUAACUGAGCGUGGCUACUCAUUCACCACCACGGCUGAGCGUGAAAUUGUGAGGGACAUGAAGGAAAAGCUAGCAUACAUUGCCCUUGACUACCAGCAGGAGUUAGAGACUGCCAAUACUAGCACUGGCGUCAAGAAGAGCUAUGAGUUACCUGACGGGCAGGUUAUCACUAUUGGGGCUGAGCGUUUCCGAUGCCUAGAAGUCCUUUUCCAGCCAUCCAUGAUUGGAAUGGAAGCUGCAGGCAUUCACGAAACAACAUACAACUCCAUCAUGAAGUGUGAUGUCGAUAUUAGAAAGGAUUUAUAUGGAAACAUUGUCCUCAGUGGUGGUUCCACCAUGUUCCCAGGUAUUGCUGACAGAAUGAGCAAGGAAAUAACUGCUUUGGCCCCAAGCAGCAUGAAAAUCAAGGUGGUCGCUCCACCUGAGAGGAAGUAUAGUGUUUGGAUUGGAGGUUCUAUCUUGGCAUCCCUCAGCACCUUCCAGCAGAUGUGGAUUGCAAAGGCAGAGUAUGAUGAAUCAGGACCUUCCAUUGUGCACAGGAAAUGCUUCUAA